GCGACGACAAAAGGCUUUGCUCUGGCAACAGGAAUUUCGGAGGAAAAAAAGAAAAAGCCGCGGUAAACUCUCUCGUGACCUCCAACUCUUUGGACUGGUGUUUUAAAAAUACACUGGAAGAAAAUCUCUGCUCCACGAGAAUCGCCUCCGAAGGAGAUGGAAGUUUUCCCCUUGCUUUUGGUAUUGUCCGUCUGGUGGGCUCGAACCUGGGACGCGGCGAAUGCGGAUUCGAUCAUUCACAUCGGAGCAAUUUUUGAUGAAUCUGCCAAAAAGGAUGAUGAGGUAUUUCGCACGGCAGUUGGAGACCUCAACCAGAAUGAAGAGAUCUUACAGACUGAGAAAAUUACGUUUUCCGUGACGUUUGUUGAUGGCAACAACCCUUUUCAAGCAGUUCAAGAAGCCUGUGAACUUAUGAAUCAAGGCAUCUUGGCCCUGGUCAGCUCCAUAGGCUGCACAUCAGCAGGGUCCCUGCAGUCUUUAGCAGACGCCAUGCACAUUCCUCACCUCUUCAUUCAGCGCUCAACAGCUGGGACCCCAAGAAGUGGCUGUGGCCUCACCCGGAGCAACAGGAAUGAUGACUACACUCUCUCAGUCCGCCCACCUGUCUACCUGAACGAAGUUAUUCUGCGAGUGGUCACAGAGUAUGCCUGGCAGAAAUUCAUUAUAUUCUAUGAUAGUGAAUAUGAUAUCCGUGGAAUACAGGAGUUUUUGGACAAAGUGUCUCAGCAGGGAAUGGAUGUUGCACUUCAGAAGGUAGAAAACAACAUCAAUAAAAUGAUCACCACUCUCUUCGAUACCAUGAGAAUAGAGGAAUUGAAUCGCUAUCGAGACACUCUUAGGAGAGCCAUCCUUGUUAUGAAUCCUGCCACAGCCAAAUCCUUCAUUACUGAGGUUGUGGAGACUAAUUUGGUUGCUUUUGACUGUCACUGGAUCAUUAUAAAUGAGGAAAUAAACGAUGUGGAUGUACAGGAACUUGUAAGAAGGUCAAUUGGAAGGUUAACGAUUAUUCGACAGACAUUUCCAGUCCCCCAGAAUAUAAGUCAGAGAUGUUUCCGUGGCAACCAUCGAAUAUCUUCAACAUUGUGUGAUCCAAAGGAUCCAUUUGCUCAGAAUAUGGAGAUUUCAAACCUCUACAUAUAUGACACGGUGCUUCUGCUUGCCAAUGCUUUUCAUAAGAAGCUGGAGGACCGGAAGUGGCACAGCAUGGCAAGUUUGUCAUGUAUCAGAAAGAACUCGAAGCCCUGGCAGGGAGGACGUUCCAUGUUGGAGACCAUCAAGAAGGGUGGAGUUAGUGGAUUGACUGGCGAGCUAGAAUUUGGAGAGAAUGGAGGCAACCCCAAUGUCCACUUUGAAAUUCUUGGAACCAACUAUGGAGAAGAGCUUGGCAGAGGCGUCCGCAAAGGAAAAACCCAAGAAACUGAGCGUCAUACAGAGCUGAUGUAUGCAAACUCCAAUUUCCAACUGUACAAAGCUGGAAAUUCCAAUAGUAUACUAUUCUACACAUUUCCAGAAGUUGAAGGUGGAUUAUCUGCUAAGAAGAAAAGAGUUGCAGCAGAUAAUGAGACAGGAGAUUUCAGGGCAGUGAAUGAGUUUCAGAAUAGCGGCUGUGAAAAACGGAAGAGAGCUGUUUACCAGGGAGCAUAG